CAUUCCAUUGAUAAAGCUCGCAAUUUCUGUCAGUCGAGAGCGAGUCGCGGUCGUAGACGCUCGCCUCGCGUAACCUCCGCGUUUUAACGCGGCCUACCCUCUGUUCUCGUGCACAUCGAAUUUAUACCCGGAUCGACAAAGCAACAGUGUGGCAUGGGUGAUGGUGUCGCAAUGAGCUUGCGGCUGGUGACACUGGCGCUGCUGGUGUGUGCGGCGGCGGCGGAGCCUCGCCUGCAGAGCACGCCGCGCCCGCGCCACUGGCAGCGGGGCGUACGGACCCUCUCUGAUAGAUCGCCCACACAGUUCGUAGGCCCACAUGUGUGUCGGAGUCGAAACAGCACGCAUUGCUGUCCGGGGUGGACCUCCAGACCCAACUCUUUGCUUUGUGUAGUUCCGCUGUGCCGGCCGGACUGCGGCUCGCCGGGCGCGUGCAUCGCGCCCAACAUGUGCCGCUGCCCCGGCGGCACGGAGGCGCCAUCUUGUGCUGGCGGCGGACUCUACCCAUAUCCUGCUCGCACGCGUGGUGGUUGUCGCAGGAUAUGCAUGAACGGAGGCACUUGUACGAACGGCACCUGCGCGUGCGCACCCGGAUGGUCUGGGGAGUUUUGUACUGAACCGAUCUGCCGCGAGCCGUGCCUGCACGGCGGGCGCUGCAUCGCGCCGGACCGCUGCGUCUGCUUCCACGGCCUGUCCGGCACGCGCUGCGAGAUCGACCGCCGGACCGGGCCGUGCUACACGGACACGCGCGGCGCGCUGUGCACGGGAGCGCUGGAGGGCGUGGUGUGCACCAAGCAGCUGUGCUGCGCCACCGUGGGCGUGGCCUGGGGGCACCCGUGCGAGCGCUGCGGUGACCUGGACUGCCCGCCCGGACACCUGCGCAACCUUGCCACCAAGGAGUGUCAGGACAUAGACGAGUGCCUGGCGGUGCCGGGGCUGUGCGAGGGCGGCAAGUGCGUGAACUCGGUGGGCUCGUUCGCGUGCGAGUGCCCGCCCGGCCAGCGCCGCCACCGCACCACCAACAACUGCGAGGACAUCGACGAGUGCGAGGACCCCGACAUCUGUCCCAAUGGAAAAUGUGUGAACACAGAGGGUGACUACUACUGCUUAUGUAAUCCACACUUUAUUCCGAGUCCGGACAAGAAAUUCUGUAUAGACGGGCGCGUGGGCAACUGCUUCACGUACCUGAGCGAGACGGGCGAGUGCGGCGACCGGCUGCCCAUGGCGCUGUCCAACCGCGACUGCUGCUGCGGCUACAACAUGGGCCGCGCCUGGGGCGACCUGUGCGCGCCCUGCCCGCCGCGCGGCUCCAUGGAAUGGACGCACCUGUGCGGUGGCGGCGUGGUGCCGCCGGACUGGCGCCGCAACGACACGAGCGGCGGCGGCGGCGGCGGGGGCGCGGGCGGCGCGGGCGGCGGCGCCGACGUGGCGCACCCCAUCGCCAAGAUCAACGAGUGCAUGCUGCGCGCCGGCAUCUGCGGCCUCGGCGACUGCGUGGACAAGGACGUGGGGUACUCGUGCCAGUGCUGGGAGGGCGCGGAGAGCACGCUGCAGGACGGCAGCCCGGCCUGCAUCGACAUCGACGAGUGCGCGCUGCAGUACUGCGCGGGCGGCACCUGCAUCAACACGCCCGGCAGCUUCACUUGCAGAUGUCCACCUGGAUUCGAUCCCGUAGAGAACGGUCUACGGUGCAGUGAUAAAAACGAAUGCGAGAUGACCAAUGGAGGAAUGUGUACUAAUGGUGUUUGUACCAACGUCGAUGGGAGGUUCGUGUGCACGUGCAACCCCGGGUACGCGGGCACGGAGACGGGGCACGCGUGCCGCGACGUGGACGAGUGCGGCGACAACCCGCGCGUGUGCCGGCGCGGGCGCUGCCGCAACACGCCCGGCGGGUACGACUGCGCGUGCGAGCCCGGCUUCGCGCUCUCCGCCGCCGGCUACUGCGCCGACGUGGACGAGUGCGCCGCCGGCUCGCUGUGCCAGGGCGGGCGCUGCGUGAACGGCGAGGGCUCGUUCCAGUGCGUGUGCGAGGCGGGGUACCGCGGCACGCCCACGCGCGACGCGUGCGUGGACGUGGACGAGUGCGGCGAGCUGCGCGUGUGCCGCAACGGCCGCUGCCACAACUCGCCCGGCUCCUUCCGCUGCGAGUGCCUGCCCGGCUUCACGCUCAGCUCCGACGGCCGCUCCUGCCUGGACGAGGUGCAGGACCUGUGCUACGAGAAGUACGAGGAGGGCGCCUGCAGUGGGCCGGGCGCCGCCCCCGUCACGCGCUCGCAGUGCUGCUGCAGCGCUAGCAAAGGAUUACGUCUCGGUUGGGGUGUCGCUUGCAAAGAGUGCCCCAAACCCGGCACUAAGGAAUACGAAAUUCUGUGUCCCGAGGGCGCGAGCAAGGACAACGGGGGCACCGACAUCAACGAGUGCACCAUGAUCCCGGGCAUCUGCCCCCACGGCACGUGCGAGAACCUGGAGCCCGGCUACAAGUGCAUCUGCGACCCUGGCUACCAUCCGGACAAGGAUGGCAUCUGCAGGGAUAUCGAUGAGUGUGACAUGUACCAGUCUUACUGCACGGGCGGGCAGUGCCGCAACACGGCGGGCAGCUUCACGUGCGUGUGCCCGCCCGGCACGCGCCACGAGCCCGCCGAGCAGCUGUGCCGCGACAUCGACGAGUGCGAGGGUGAGGCCCCGCCCCCGCCCCCGCUCCCGCCCGGCCCCCACCGCGGGGACAUUCCGCCCGCAGAGAACACGAACCCGUGCGACAACGGGCGCUGCAUCAACACGCACGGCAGCUACGAGUGCGAGUGCGAGCACGGCUUCGUGCUGGACGCCACGGCGCAGCACUGUCUAGACAACCGGCGCGGCUCGUGCUGGCGGCGCGUGGUGGACGGGCAGUGCGAGGGCGCGGCGCCGGCGCCACUGCUGCGCCAGGAGUGCUGCUGCAGCGUGGGGCUCGCCUGGGGCUCCCCCUGCGAGCCUUGCGACCCCACCGACUGCCCCUGCCCCAAGGGCUUCGCUAAGUUGGACGGCGCGACCUGCCGCGACGUGGACGAGUGCAUGCUCGACCCGGACCUGUGUAUCGGCGGCCAGUGCGUCAACACGGACGGCAGCUAUCGGUGCGAGUGUCCCGAUGGACUCACUUUAGACGUUACAGGCAACCGGUGCGUGGACCUGCGGCGCGAGGCGUGCUACACGGAGCAGGCGGGCGGGCGCUGCGGCGGCGCGCUGGGAACGGACGCAUUCCGCAACCUCUGCACGGAUAUCUCGAGCGGCCAGCCCGGCAUAUGGACGCGACCCGGAGGUCCCAACGGCACCGGCAUAUGGAACCAGAUCGACGGCGGAGACGGAUUCGACGACGGCAGAGUGAUCUCGUGGGGCAAUCACACCGACGGAGACGAGUGGGGCCAGCCGGGCGGGCCCGGGAUCACGCCCAGCCAGAUGGAGGUCAACGAGUGUGCCGCCUUCCCCGGCCUGUGCGGACACGGCCGCUGCAGGAACAUGGUCGGCACUUUCACGUGCGAUUGUUUCCCCGGAUACGUGAAGGACUCGAAGAACCACUCGUGCGUGGACCUGAACGAGUGCGAGAUAAUGGAGAGCGCGUGCGGCGCGGGCGCGGCCGCGUGCCGCAACACGGAGGGCGGCUUCGCGUGCGACUGCCGCCCCGGCUACCGCGCCGACGACCUCUCCAAGCUCUGCGUCGACAUCGACGAGUGCGCCGAGGACCGGUCGCUGUGCCGCGGCGGGCGCUGCGUGAACACAGCGGGCUCGUUCCGCUGCGAGUGCGGCGCCGGCCUCGAGCUCGCGCCCGACCGCCUCUCCUGCAAGGACAUCGACGAGUGCUCCAUCACCUCGGGUAUAUGCAGCAACGGCGCGUGCGAGAACCAGAUGGGCACGUACCAGUGCGUGUGCGACGAGGGCUACGCGCAGUCCACGGUGAAGUCGCACUGCGAGGACAUCGACGAGUGCGCGGAGGACCCCACGCGCUGCCAGCACGAGUGCGUCAACACGCCGGGCUCCUACCACUGCGUCUGCAGGGAGGGCUGGCACCUGCGCGCGGACGGGCGCACGUGCCGCGACGUGGACGAGUGCGGCGGCGGCGCGCGCGUGUGCGGCGGCGGCGAGUGCCGCAACACGCCCGGCUCCUACCGCUGCGCCUGCGCCGCCGGCCUGCUGCCCGCGCCGCCCGACGCGCGCCCCACCUGCCUCGACGUCGACGAGUGCAACGAGAUCGAGGACCUGUGUGGGGCGGGCGAGUGCCGCAACACCAUCGGCAGCUUCGUGUGCCGCUGCCCCGACGGGUACAGCGUGAAGCCGGAGCAGGGCCCGGCCUGCACGGACGACGACGAGUGCGAGCUGGGCACCUGCGACUGCCACCCCGCGGCGGAUUGUAUUAACUUGCCGGGCUCGUUCCAAUGCCGCUGCCGCGACGGGUGGCGCGGCGACGGCGCCGAGUGCGAGGACGUGGACGAGUGCCUCACCAACAACGGCGGCUGCCACCCGCGCGCCGCCUGCCGCAACACCGACGGCUCCUUCGUCUGCCUCUGCGACACCGGAUACAAGGGCGACGGAUAUUCAUGUGUGGACAUCGACGAGUGCGCGAACGACCCGACGCUGUGCGAGAACGGGCACUGCACCAACACGCCCGGCGCCUACGAGUGCGACUGCGACGUCGGCUUCACCAAGUCCCAGGAUGGCAAGCAAUGUCUAGACAUGGACGAGUGCGCGACGUUCGACAACGUGUGCGUGUUCGGGCGCUGCGUCAACACGUACGGCAUGUUCAAGUGUAUCUGCGACAAAGGGUACCAGUCCGACAGUAUCGAUGAUUUGAUGCCCGGCUUCAACUGCACGGACGUGGACGAGUGCAAGUCGCCACAGUCGUGCCAGUACGGGGAGUGCAUCAACACGCAAGGCUCCUACAUCUGCCGCUGCCCGCCCAACUACGAGCUUGUCUCUGAUGGAACUGCUUGUUAUGAUUCCCGCAAAGCUCGUUGUUACGCCAAAGUGGAUCUCCGUUCGGGCACAGAGCAGUGUCGGGACAGCGACGAGCUUUCGGAAGACGGCACUAUGGCCGCCUGCUGCUGCUCUGUUGCGGGCGCGGCGUGCGGCGGGCCCGUGGGCGUGCCGCAGACCAAGUACCUGUGCUGCUGCAGCGUGGGGCGCGCGUGGGGCGCGCCGUGCGAGGCGUGCCCCGCGCGGGGCUCGCGCGAGCACACGGCGCUGUGCGGCGAGCGCCCCGGCGAGUACAUCAACCCGUGGACCAACGAGACGCGCCCCAUCGACGAGUGCGACCUCAUGCCGCAGCUGUGCAAGCCGGGCGCCUGCCACGACACGCCCACCGGCUUCCAGUGCGGCUGCGACCACGGCUACGAGCACGACAACACGUCCCACCAGUGCCGCGACGUGGACGAGUGCUCGCUGCACCACUCGCCGUGCCGCGGGCUCGCGCAGUGCGUCAACCUGCCCGGUGCUUAUGAGUGCAAGUGCCCCGCGGGCUACCGGCUGACGAGCUCGCUGGACGAGUGCGAGGACGUGGACGAGUGCGACGACGCGCGCCUGUGCGAGCACGGCGACUGCCGCAACACCGUGGGCUCCUACCGGUGCGAGUGCAAGGCGGGCUACACGCUGCGCGAGGGCGCGUGCCGCGACGUGGACGAGUGCAGCCGGCCGCGGCCGCUGUGCCGCAACGGCACGUGCGAGAACCGGCCCGGCUCCUACGUGUGCCACUGCGACGACGGCUUCAAGCCGGGCGCCAACAACGACUGCAUCGACAUAAACGAGUGCCGCGAGGGCGGCAUGGUGUGCCGCAACGGGCGCUGCCGCAACACGGUGGGCGGGUUCCGCUGCGAGUGCGCCAGCGGCUACACGCUGACGGCGGACGGCCGCAACUGCCGCGACGUGGACGAGUGCUCCGAGCUGCCCGCGCCCUGCGGCCGCGACGGCGCGCCCUCCUGCACCAACACCAACGGCGGGUACGAGUGCUCGUGCGGCGCGGGCUGGCGGCUGGCGGGGCGGCGCUGCGUGGACCGCGACGAGUGCCGCGAGCUGCAGUACGUGUGCGCCGGCGGGGAGUGCCACAACUUCAAUGGCGGGUACCGGUGCGACUGCCCGGCCGGGUGGCGCUUCGACCAGGCGGCGGCGCUGUGCGUGGACGAGCGCAAGGAGCUGUGCUACGACGAGUGGUCGGGCGGGCGCUGCCACCGCGCGCGCCCGCUGCAGCUCGCGCGCCCCGAGUGCUGCUGCUCCGAGGGUGCCGCGUGGGGUAGAUAUUGUGAACGUUGCCCGACGCCCGACUCACCGGAGUUCUUGCGUAUUUGCCAAGGUGGAAUGGGGAGACCUAAUCUCACACAGGACCUGGACGAGUGCGCGGUGCGGCCGGACGUGUGCCGCGGCGGGCGCUGCGUGAACACGGACGGCUCGUUCCGCUGCGAGUGCGGCGCGGGCUACGCGCUGGACGCCAGCGGCCUGCGCUGCGUGGACGCGGACGAGUGCGCCGCCGACCCGCGCGUGUGCGGCAACGGCACCUGCACCAACACGCCCGGCGGCUACGAGUGCCGCUGCAACCUCGGCUUCACGCAGGGCCCGCAGCAGACGUGCGUGGACGUGGACGAGUGCGCGGAGGGGCGCGCGGCGUGCUCGUUCCGCUGCCACAACACGGCGGGCUCGUUCCGCUGCACGUGCCCGUUCGGGUUCGCGCUGGCGGCGGACGGCGUGCACUGCCGCGACGUGGACGAGUGCGCCGCCGACGAGGACGUGUGCCCGCACGCCUGCGAGAACGUCGUCGGCUCCUACAUCUGCAAGUGUCCCGAAGGCUACAGACGCACGUCGGCGCCGCACGACGCGGAGGACGCGUGCGAGGACGUGGACGAGUGCGCGGAGAGCGGCGAGCUGUGCGCGCCCGGCGUCUGCAUCAACACCGACGGCGGCUACACGUGCGACUGCGACGCGGGCUACGAGCCCAGCGAGGACCUGCGCGCCUGUAUCGACCGCAGGACGGGCAUGUGCCACCGCUCGCUGGUGUCCGGUCGCUGUGUGCCUGAGCCCUGGCCCAGAGCCAUCGCAUCCACUCCCGUGCCAGCCACACAAGUUACCAAAGCGCAGUGCUGCUGCACGCUGGGCAUGGCGUGGGGCCCGGAGUGCGAGCUGUGCCCGGCGCCCGGGUCGGCGGCGCGCCUGGAGCUGUGCUCGCGCGCCAACCUGCGGCCGCGGCCCGGCCAGCGCGGCGACGAGCUGACCGCGCCCGACGCGCCCGGCGCGCCCGACGCGCUCGACGUGGACGAGUGCGCGCUCAUGCCCGCCCUGUGCGCGCCCGGCCGCUGCGUCAACACCAUCGGCAGUUUCCGCUGCGUGUGCGGGCUCGGCUACAAGGCGGCGGGCGACGUGUGCGCGGACGUGGACGAGUGCAGCGCGCGGCGUGCGCCGUGCGAGCAGCUGUGCCGCAACACGGACGGCUCGUACGAGUGCCUGUGCCGCGCCGGCUACGAGCUGGACGAGGACGGCGCAAACUGCCGCGACGUGGACGAGUGCGCCACCGGCGCGCACACCUGCCAGCAGACGUGCGCCAACACCGACGGCUCGUUCGAGUGCUCCUGCCAGGAGGGCUACGAGAAGCGCGGCGACGCCUGCGUCGAUAUAAACGAGUGCCACGAGGAGGGCGUGUGCCCCGCGCCGGGCAAGUGCGUGAACCUGCUGGGCUCGUUCCGCUGCGUGUGCCCGCGCGGCUUCCGCCUCGACCUGAGCGGCUCGCGCUGCCGCGACCGCGACGAGUGCGAGGACGGCCGCUGCCAGUCGCCCUGCCGCAACUACGCCGGCGGCUACCGCUGCGAAUGUCCGCCGGGCGAGAUCCGGUCCGCUAACGGGCUGUGCGCGGCGGCGGACGCGUGCGCGGGGGCGCCGUGCGGCGGCGCGCCCUGCUUCCCGCUGGGCGGCGCGUUCCGCUGCGGCUGCCCCAACGGCUACGGCUGGGACGCCGCGCACGCUGUCUGCCUGCAGAUGGCGGGCGGGUGCGCGACGGCGAGCUGCCUGUUCGGGUGCCGCGCGCUGGGCGACGGCUACCAGUGCGGCUGCCCGGCGGGCUACGAGCUGGUGGGCGCCGGGCACUGCCUGUCGGCGCUGGACGGCCUGCCGCCCGGCGACAUCGGCGCGGCGCCCGUCUUCCCGGUGCGCGACCAGUACAAGCUGCCCGACUCCGACCUGCUCUCCACCGAGGGCUGCUUCAGCUGCAAGAUAAAUGGCCGACGAAGAAGAGCUCCCGAAGAAGGCAUCGUGUACGCGAAUGGAACCACGCUCGUCAGGAGGCGCAGGAGACGCAGUAGACGUCGCCGUUCGCUUCUCGAGCCGGAAGCAGAGUUGAUAGUCCUCCGCACCACACCCAAACAGACCUGGGGCAGGGUGCCGCUGCUGCGGCUGAUCCCCGCGGAGGGCGAAGGCCGGCCGCACUACCGCAUCGCGUACGGCGACGACCAGAAGGACUUCAUCCUGAACAAGAAGGACGGCGCCUGGGCGCUGAGGCUGCGGAAGCACCUCAAGUCUCAGGAGGUGCUGGAGAAGCAGCUGGAGCUCGAAGCCAGGUUCGUGACGCCGCAGUCGAGUAAGAAGAGGAACAGGAGACACGUGGAGGACGUCCCGGCGCCGCUCAGACUGUACGUGUCCGUUCGCAUCGCGCCGCCGAAGCGCUGAACCGGGACGCGUGAGACUCUCCUUGCGAAACAGACCUCGCUUCAAUAGACCUAUAUAGAUCUGGAUUUUUUAUACGAAUGUCUCUUUCUAGUUUAUGUUUAAAUUGUAAGUUAUAAUGAGACAGCAUUCCGUACAUCAAUAAAACAUUUUAUGAUAUUUUAAACGGUCUAUUGAUGCGGGUUAAUAUAAUUAUAGUAUAAAGUACACUCGUAGGAAUUGAAUUGGUUGUAAAUAUGAAUUUUAAAACACUGCCAUGAAAUCAGUCAUUAUACGCACUGCCAUAUAAUUCGUUUCUCUUUUUAAAUUAAGCGUCUGUACCGCAGACGCUUACGGCUUAUAAAUUAGUAAGGUUUGUCUCACUGCACCUCCUUUAGGGUAGUCUAGCAAUUGUGUGCGCGAUUUCUUACAACGCCAUCUAGCGGCAAGCAGAAGUAACUGCUGUUCAUAUUGAAGGAGUUUGUGGGAAAUCGCACGCGACAAGCGUAAGGUCGUCGUCAAACGAAUCCUGGGCGAUCUCGGCAGUAUUAAUAGUGUGAGGUGAUUGAAUGCAUAAUAAAUAGGGAUACAUAUCGUCGUAUAUAGUAUAAUCAAUUUUCUACGAAAUAUAUGUGAGCGACAUCUUUCGAGCUGUAUUUGUCUCAGACAAAAAGUGCACUCGGAAUCUUGACUUCACAUACGACUUUUUCAAUCGCAAUUAUAAGCAAUUAAUAUGCAAUAAACAGAAAAAUUUUAUUUUUAUAUGCAAAUUUGAAAGAUUCACGAAUCGAGCGGUAUGGUUAUGGAGCAUAGAGUAGUUUCGGAGAUAGCUAAUCUUCAUAACAUAACACGACUAAUUACUUAUUCCGCCAUCUUUAGUGCCAGUGUAGCGUAAGGCGUAUAAUAUUUAAGACGACUAUUUAUUUUCACUUAUAUAGCAAGGAGUCUAUAUUACAUCCUAUGAUAUAUGUUUGAAUGUUGGCCUGUCAUACAACUUAAUAGGUUUUUUUGGGAUUUUUUUCAAUAUCUCGCUUAUUCAAAAUUAUGCUAUAAAACAAAGAGGCUUUUUAUUGGAUAAAUAAUAUUAUCCAAUACUUUAUGGAUAUAUUUUCCAUUAGUUAUUGUGCUGCAUUUUUUAAUUACAUUACGGUGGGCAAUAAGUUUGUGCCUUAUAAUCAGUUUUGACAGGUGUCAACAGUUCGGGCAACUAUGUAUCUGAAGUUGAGUCUAUCUAGUGUUUAUAUCUACUUAUUUUUAUAUAGAGCCAUUUUUAUAGAUUUUUUAUGUUAACGCUUUUUGGCAUUAUUUAGUCGUUACACAAUUCAAUAGACUAGUUUUAUUUUGUAAAUAUGUGCAUACGAUGAAAUAUUGAAAAUGUGUUAUAUUUUAACUUAG